AUGAGCACUCAUGGUUCCAGCAAUGCUGCACAGUCUGACAAUUCCACGGCCGGAAGUGUUCCUCAUUGCAGACCCUGUGACGAGAAAGAUGAGUGUCGUCCUGAAAUUGAGACUCUGGUCGGGGCUGAGUCUCAUGGGAACAAUUUGGCUGAACGAGGAGUUCCGACCAGCGAUCGGCGUCCAAGUCGUGACCGCAAUGCCAGAGCAGAUAACGACCACGACCCCAGCCCAUCCAUGGCGCCUCCUCUAACCACUGAGGCGCCACAUUCCAGCACAGCAAGUACUGAACCUGUGAAUGAGUCAAGACCAAGCAUUCGGGAUCUGCACACAGUCAUUAUCCUUGUUCCACAAUACGGGAGCAGUGACGUACGACCGACCGACCCACGCACUAAGUAUAGAGAACUAAUCGGGUCACAAUUCCCAAACGCUUGUAGCAAACAUAAGAAACAGCUGACGGCGAGCAACACUGCAAUCACGUUGCAUAACACAAGCGACACAAUGUUGAAGAAGAUAACGUCCCUGACGAAAAUUAGCAGCAGUACGCAGAGUGCGCCUCGCAGCCCAUCACAAAGCCGUUUCUUACGAAGAACCCAUACCGCUCCCGAUUUUCCAAAGACAGCGAAAAUCAAAGAGAAAGUUCAAACGUCUCGCACAGGCGUCAAAUUGUUUGAGCCGUUGCCUGAACAUGACGAGUCGCACGUAGGCCCGUAUGGUGUAGAAGCGCCAUUGCAUUGGGAAUUUGUCAUAACAGUGACCGAGGUCACAGUGACUGUGAAUAUGGAUGGCGAGAAGGGGAGCUGUCAAAAGCCAGGGCGAAGCAGUGAUGAAUCUGGUGAAGUCGGUAGCGAGAGCAAACAGAGGUAA